GCAAUAUGGGUUUGCUCGGUCGCUCGCUCUUGGUUGGCGGGAAAUUUUUCUAACCUCUUGAUGAAUAUUCUGUCAAAUCUGUCAGUUAAUCGGAUCAGACAGAAACAAAAAUAUUAUUUCCUGGAGAUUUUGGUUUCGUAGAUUUGUAUCUUUGAAUUCGAUUGGCAUCAUGAGCGCUCAAGAUCUACAGGAAACUACUAAGAACACUAGGAUGUCGCUAAAGACAUUACAACAUACUGCCAGUGAUCGUGAAAAUUUAGUGGGUAGACCAAUGAAAAAUUUAAAACAUCAACUCAGCCAAGAAAACAUAGUGGAUGUUGAAGUCAAAAGGAAGAACUUAUCCACAAAGGAGACCCAAGCAAACCUCGACACCAACAUUACAGUUGAGGAUCUAACUAAUCCUGAGGCUUCAGAGAAGUACUGGAAAAUUUUAGCUGAAAAAAGGAGGGUUGCUUUACAAGAAGCUUUAGAAGAAAAUGAGAAGCUUCAUAAACUUAUUGCCGAACUGAAGAAAGAAAAUCUCCAGACCAAACAGAUGUUAGAGGAAGCAAAUUCCUUCAUUGAAAUAGUAAAGGAGGAGUUAUCUAACACCAAUGAUGACACAGGCAUUGAUGUCAAUGAUGUUAGCACCCUUGAUGAAACUGCAAAUGAGGAGGACACAGCAGAUAACCAAUGAAAUCAUUCACUUAGAUAUGUGUAUUAUAUUUACUUAAUAUUUUCAAUAUUCCCAAUGUUUUUACUAACUUUAGACUGAUUAAAUUAAGUGCUAAUGCUAAGUGCAAAUUGUAGUAAAUGUUGAAUAUUUUUAUAUAAAUACAACAAAGAUGUCACUUUUGACUUGGUGUAAAAGGAACAUUAAUUGCUUUGUAACAAGUGAAACUAUUUGAAUUUGUGUUACUGAAAAAUAGAUAAAUAAUAAUUAAUCAGAGCUACUUUGUAAAACUCCAUAAAUGCAUUUGUGUGUGUCACUUUUGUGAGUGGAUAAUAAUUUCACAUGAAUUCAUAACAGAAUCACACUGGAUUCAUCUGUCUUAUUCAUAAAAGUUAAUUUAGAAAUAAUUAAUCUAAGUUUAUUUUUUAAAUCUUUAACUCUUAAUUUCUUCUUAAGCACAUGUUUCUUAUUUUAAAUGCUAACAAUAUGUUCUAUUUCAUUGCUACUUUGGUUUGAAAGGUAAUAAAAUAAAAAAAUG